AUGAUAAUAAGUGAUAAGAAGAAGGAGAAGAAGAAGAAGAAGAAGAAGAAGAAGAAGAAGAAGAAGAAGAAGAAGAAGAAGAAGAAGAAGAAGCGGUCGCUAGACCAAGGGCAUGACGACCCGUCCGUCAUUAGCUCAGACAGACAUCAUACUUCCCGGGCGGCUUUACAAUGCCUACGUAAAAGUAAUUAUCAUUGCCGAUACAAGCGAAGAUGCGAGUUCCGGGAACUAGUUGAUAAGAAGAAGAAGAAGAAGAAGAAGAAGAAGAAGAAGAAGAAGAACAAGAACAAGAACAAGAACAAGAAUAACAAGAAGAAGAAGAACAAGAAGAACAAGAAACGAUCGCUGAAGCAAGGGCAUUAUUCGCCUAACGUUUCGGAUUCUCCCUUGAACCCAUCACCAGAGACAGCAGUGACCCGUUUCUGCCACUGUCUCGGGUGGUGGGUUCAGGUGAGAAUCCGAAAGGUCAGGCGAAUAAAGCCCUUGUUCCAGCGAUCGUUUCUUGUUCUUCUUCCUCUUAUCAACUAGUUCCCGGAACUCGCAUCUUCGCUUGUAUCGGCAAUGAUAAUUACUUUUACGUAGGCAUUGUAAAGCCGCCCGGGAAGUAUGACGUCUGUCUAAGCUAAUGACGGACGGGUCGUCAUGAGGCCUGUGAAAAUCGCAGUGCUUGAGCGUGAGGAAUUCAAUUCCCGUGGGAGGACAAAGAGGAAUGGGGGUCGGUCAGGUCGGUUGGAGGGGUGGGGGUCGAGUGGGAUAACGAGACCAAGCGACAUGUGACGAGGGUGGGUGAGAGGCAGGGGGCGAUGGCGGAACACGGCGAGUCAGUUGUUAGGGCGCGAUGUCUGCCGGGGGGCUGAUUGUUGUGCCACGUGACUGCCGCGCUGUCUGAGCUCCAGGCCGCGGGCAUCUUUUGAUGAUUGUAAAAUGGCCUCUGGAGGGCAGAGGGAGCAGGGUGGCCAUUUGAAACAGCCACUGUCCACUCACUCUCCGUCGUCCCCCCCCCCCCGUAGCUCCGAUCGGUUGGGUGGUGCCCGGCAUAGCAAAAAUUCUAUUAAGCAAGCGCACAAAGCCACGCCCUGGCACGCGUACCUCACCUCAGGUGAAUACUCAUGUCCUUCUCUACUUAGCCGUCUCACGCGGAGCAAAAGUGCAUACCGGAGCGUAUGAAAAUGUCCGCGCCACCAUUAAUGGAUAGCGGUGACUUAUGAGCCGCAGAAAUUAAAGUCGUCCUGCUUGUCAAUAUAACGUCCUGAUGGCACAGUUAGGGAGAGUACUAAAAAUACAGAUGAUUUUUUUUCCCAAAAAACCAGCGCCACUUCUGAAUAGACUGGAAUUUUAGAGUUACGAAAAUUCUCAUAGCAGUAAUCAGCGAGCAGGGUGGCGAGCAUACGUAGCUUUCGAUAAAUUCUCGUCGGGCCAGUACAAUUAUAUGGGAAUGUGGUAGACGUGAAAACACGUCAGUGAUAAGAUAAAUCGAUUAAAUUUCCCAUCGAGCUAUCCUAAACCACUGGGACAGCGCCCGUUAGCAACAGCAGAGGCGGCCGCCAUCAGGUUGCAAAAACCGAUCUUGUGCGCAUAGAAGGACCACGUUCAGGCACCGCGCCUACCGUGGUCGAAGGUCGACUAACGCUACAACUCGCCCGCGCCCUUCCGCUCUCACCCCGCCCCUGACACUGACUGCCAUUACCCCCCUCCCUCACAUUCCCACACCCAGCCUGUGUUUUAAGGCGAACUUUAAUAGAUUUAUCUUAUCACUGACGUGUCUGUCCUACUACCCCCUUCCCAUAUAAUUGUACUGGCCCGACGAGAAUUUAUCGAAAGCUACGUAUGCUCGCCACCUCGUCUUCUGAAGACUGGCAUUUCAAUAUUUAGAUUCAAUUCUUGUGCAUACCCCAAACUGGGAGAUCGGUUAUGCGUUCAGGUGUGGGAGGUAUUAGGGGGACUCGGUUAUUCAUUUUCUACUAGACAAAUAACUGGAUGGAGGGCGAGAGAGAGAGAAUGAAGUCUAUUUAAAGAAAAACAAUCCGAAUUUUCCAGCGUAAACGUUCUCCAAUAAUCACGGUAAAGAUAUGGUUCAGUAAAUUAGGAAAGCAAAUGUUAUUGUUAAACGACGCGGUUGUUAUGGUGACGAAUUUAAUCCCAUUUUCACUGGUCGUUUAUGCGCCGACUAACGGAGGGUAUGAGCAACACCCUUAUGAAUUAACGGAUUGACCGGGCAUCUUACAAUGGCGACGUAGAAUGGUUUUAGUAGAAAGAACUUAAUGAUGCGGGUAACAGACGAGAGUGUCUGAGAGGACUGUCGUAAAAUGACCUAGUUAUUACCUAGUAACGAGGAAGAAAAUAAAUAUUAGGGAUGAAUACAGGCACUUACAAGUCACCGAAUUAAGAACUGAGGACGGGUUAGGUAAGGUAUAAUCUACGGAUGUGUAUCAACCACAGUACCUGUCCGAAUGGACGAGCUGAAAUGUAAAGGGCACUGUUUUAACUAACUUGUCUGGAAACAAAACAGUAUUACCUAGACUUCACUUAGUGAGUUGCCCGAACGUUGUAAGAUAUAGUUGUACUAUGAUAUCGACUAGGUCAAAAGUAACGACCACUGACAACAUAAGGGGGCCGUGAAGAGUACUCUUUAUGGUGAAACAGUGGGAACGGCAGAAGAGAGCAGAGCACGAGGAAGGAUGCAAACAUUCAUAAAUCGCAAGCUUAAGGCCUAAGAGACAUGACGAUGCAAUAAAUAAGUGUGAACGUGAUUCCCGGAAUGGUUGAGUUGAGCGUGUUGUGGAGCGUUUCCAGUUGAUCCUUCUGACGACAAUAAAUGUUUCUUCUACAUAUCCUACCCACUACUUAUGGUUAACUAACGGAAGAGCUUCCGAUUCCAGUUUCUGCAUUGUCACCGUGACAAGAAGGCCAGAUAUAAAUGGUCCCAUUGGAGUUCCUUUUAGCCGCUGAUAAUGUUGGUGGUUAAAUAUAAAAUUGGUUUACAAACAAAGGUAUAGUAGUUCAAAUAAGUUAGUUGCGGGAAUAUCCGUGUAAAAAGACAUUAGGAGUUCAUCUGUGCAUUGCCUGGUGAAAUCUAAUGGUAUGCAUGUGAAUAAAAAAACGAUAUCAAAGGUGAUCAUCAUCUCAUACGCAGAAAUUGUGGUUCUUCUCAAUUUCUCUAGAAGUUCUAUAGGGUUCUGAAUGGACGGUUCACAAUCUCUCGUAAGUGGGUAGAGUUAGUGGAACAGACACUUAAAUAUUUUGCACUUAGGUGCACCGACUAAUGAAACCAUAGAGCGUAAUGGCACUUCUGGUUUCUGGACUUUAAGCAGUCCGUAGAUCUUCACGAUGGCUGCUUCGGAGUGUCGCAGGAAUUUUGCAAUAUCUCCUGACAGUUUCUUCGUGCCUAUGAGGCGCUUCAGCACUUUAUCAAUAGACGGGCUCUUUCCUUUCGUAGGGUCCUUGGGAAGAGGCUUGUACAUUGAGUUAUCUUCUAGAAGUGACAGCAUCUCCUCAUUAUAGUCUGCUCUGUUCAAAAUCGCAUUUAAGCCUCCUUUGUCUGCGGGAAGAAUGACAAUGUUUUCGUCAGUCUUGAGACUUUUCAUUGCUUUCCUUCCUUUAUUUGAAAGCAUUGAAAAGCGAUUCCGACCUUUUUAAGGCCCGUACAGUACUGUUUCUGAUCGAGCAUCGUUCAUCUUCCGUAAGGUCUGCUGUUGAUAUGUUGGACUCCAUAGAAGUAGCGAAAUGUCGUUGUUUUGUUUUCAAGCUAGUGUGCUGGGUGUUAAAAACCGUCCUUUCAAUCUUCAAACAAAUGUUUCAUGCCCACACUUACAUGAACCCCACGGAGCAUCUGGAAGGUCGGUAUAAUGCCUCUUGCGAAAAUGAUCAAAAUUUUUCCGGGAUUCGCAAAUAAGACUGGCAAAUAAAAGUAAUCCAGCGCUAAUCCCUCAUCCAACGUGCCUGGUACUCGAGUAGGCGCCGUGGGCUAAUUUAAAUUAAUUACUUAUUUAUCACGACUUGAGUCACGUUUUAAGAUGUUUGCCUAAGUUAACUGGGAUGAAGGUGAUUGGUUAGCCAUGAGAGGGUGGGAGACAUGCCGACCCCAGAACGGGGAGGGAACUGAUUGCAAAUAGGGCGGUUGGGGGUUCGGAGACGGGAUGUUGGGGAAACAACUAGGACGCAGUCGGCCGACGUAGUGCACGUUGACGCAAAUCUCCAUUUGAAGUAGCAGAAGACAGUUUUGCCGAGGGCGCAUAUCCGAGUUGUGCACGAUGAGGUAGUAAGCUGGACGGUGGGUGAUACGAUAUUAAGUAAGGGUCUGGAGGUGGGGGCCGGAGAGCUGUGGUGUUUGUUCAUGCUACCAAACCAUCGGUAAACGAGGGCGAUGGGACUGAAGUUUCACGGACAGUGGGACCUCGGUGGUUGUAUGGUGCGGUUGCCAACCUCUCCGUAGAGGGGGAAUACGAACGAGUAAGCGGGAACAGGCCGACAACUUCGUGUCCGUCAUCGCAACUGACGACAUGCACGGAGUUGUUAUUUGUCGGGGCAUGUGCAAGGCCAGCGUGGAAGCCUAGUUGCGCACAAAAGAGGCAUGGCAACCGCGGAGAGGGGGACACUAUCGCUAAAACAAGUGCGUUAUCAGCCUGGCGUUUCGGACUCUCAGUCAAAUUCAUCAUCAGAGACAGAGUCAGAUGGAUUCAGGGGAGAAUCCAAAACGUCAAGCUAAUAAAGCACUUGAUCCAGCGAUCGUGUCUCCUUCUCCGCGAAUACUUUCUGGAACUCGCCUCUUCGCUUCUAUAGGCAUGGCAACCGCCUCCGCCUCGACCGAUUUGCCUGCACCCUGUAAACCACCCCAAAAGCUUCGUUGACGUCGGCCUGAUGGCUGGUGUCCAUGGGGCGGGUCUGGACGUGCCACGACCAAGUCAGGUCAGACAACGCAUGCAACCUCCCUUCUGGAGAGACGCCGAAAAGUUCGACUCAGAUGAAGGCGAGAAAGUAGAAGCGAAAAUGAUUACCAGUCUGUUUUAUACCCUCAACCCUACGAAGAAAGACAUCAAAAACGGUCCAAAGCACAGCAAUAAUUGA